AAUAAAAAUAAAAAUUAGAUCUUGAGUUUACAUUCUCUUCAUCAUUUCCCAUUUUCCCCUCUUUAUUUUUCUUCCGAUUCUAUCAACGAACAACUCUUCGUUUUUCUGCAGAAGAAACAUAAAUUAGUUCUUGAACUCAUUCACACAAAUGCAAUCUGUUCACAAUUUGCAUAGUUGAAUUUAAAUCAGUCCCUACUUGUUUUAACCGGAUCCAGAUCAGAGUCCUCGGUCCCACUCUGAGAACCAUAAUGGAGUGGGAAAAUGCAGUUUCAGGAGGAUCCGAUUCAGCGCUUCCAAUUCCACUUCCAUUAGCUUCUGAAUCUCAACAACCUUAUGUCUCUGAACUUCUCUCCUUCACUCUCGAUCGCCUUCAUAAAGAACCUGAGCUUCUUCGCGUCGAUGCCGAACGGAUCCGUCGUCAAAUGCAAGAGGUUGCCGUUGGUAAUUAUCGUUCAUUCAUUGCUGCUGCCGAUGCUUUGCUUGCUAUUCGUCAUGAAGUUUCCUCUAUUGAUACUCAUCUUGAAUCUAUGAUAAAUGAAAUCCCAAAGCUGACAUCUGGAUGCACUGAAUUCAUAGAAUCCGCGGAACAAAUUUUGGAGAAGAGGAAGAUGAACCAAACAAUGCUAGCCAAUCACAGUACUUUGCUUGACUUGCUAGAAAUUCCUCAACUUAUGGACACAUGUGUACGGAAUGGAAAUUAUGAUGAAGCUCUAGAUUUGGAAGCAUUUGUUGGUAAACUUUCAACCAUGCAUCCAAAGUUACCCAUUAUUCAAGCAUUGGCUGCAGAAGUUAGACUGACAACCCAAUCGCUUCUUUCCCAGCUUCUUCAGAAACUUCGGUCAAAUAUUCAGUUGCCUGAAUGCCUGCGCAUUAUUGGAUAUUUACGGCGAAUAGGAGUAUUUAGUGAGUAUGGAAUGCGUUUGCUGUUCUUAAGAUGUCGAGAAGCAUGGCUUAAUGGUAUUCUUGAAGAUCUGGAUCAGGCAAAUCCGUAUGAAUACUUAAAAGGAAUGAUUAACUGUCACAGAAUGCAUCUUUUUGAUGUCGUGAAUCAAUAUCGAGCAAUAUUUGCUGAUGACACAUCGGGAAGUGAGGAAAACUAUGAUGGUGGACUACUUUUUAGCUGGGCAAUGCACCAAAUUACCUCACAUCUGCAAACUCUGAAAGUUAUGCUUCCAAAGAUAACUGAAGGUGGAUCACUGUCUAAUAUUUUGGAUCAGUGCAUGUACUGUGCUAUGGGACUGGGUUGGGUUGGACUGGAUUUUCGAGGCUUGCUCCCACCACUUUUUGAAGAGGCAGUUCUCAACUUAUUCUCCAAAAAUAUGAGUACUGCAGUUGAGAAUUUUCAGUUGGUCUUGGAAUCACAUCGCUGGGUUCCCCUACCUGCAGUUGGCUUUCGUGCAAAUUCUGUUGAAGAAAGUAAGGAAGAUGUAACUCCUCCCUCUUAUUUGAUGGAGCAUCCACCUCUUGCUGUUUUUAUAAAUGGUGUAUCUGCUGCAAUGAAUGAGCUACGCCCGUGUGCCCCAUUAAGUUUAAAGCAUGUCCUUGCCCAAGAAUUGAUCAAGGGACUACAGGCUGUUUCUGAUUCAUUGUUGCUAUACAACACAACACGCGUUCUUAGGGCUAAUGAAUCAGGACUUUUCCUCUCACUUUGCCGGGCAUUUAUUGAGGUUGCUUAUCCUCAUUGUGCUACAUGUUUUGGACGUUGCUAUACUGGUGGAGCAACUCUUAUUACGGAUGCAAAGAACGUUUAUGAUGGAAUUAGACGCCUAGUAGAGGCUUCCUCUGCAAGAGAACUCCCAAAACCAGUAAAUAAUGGAGAAGCCAGUGGCAUAGCUGAGAAUGGUGAAGUGCCAAAAAUGGAUAAUGGAGAAACACCUGAUGCCAAAGAACCUGAUGCCAAAGAAUCUGAAGCCAUCGAUACUGAAUCUGAAGCCACCAAUACUGACGAGACGAACAAAAACUCUACUUCUCAGACAGGUCAGGAAGUCAUUAAUCUUGAAAAGACAGAUGAAUAAGUGACAUUCUUAGUGAUGGAUAAAGGUGUAUUUUUGGUUCAGUGUUUUCCCCUAGUUUUGGGUCUGUAUUUUUUUAUAUGGUAUUGCCAGCUGUAAUUAUAGUCAGAUUAAAUAAAUAUGAAUAGGCUAUAGAAAUUAUUGAUUGUUAGAAGAACAGAAGAUGGAAUUUUGACACAGAUUACAUGUAAGGAAACAUUAUUUAUUUGUUUUCUUUUUUCCAGUGGGCUAA